AUGUUUGCGACCGAACGAAACUACGAUCCGACCACUUUCGCUGCGAAAAAAAAGCCUCGGAGAAAGCAACCAUCGACACCCCAGAUUCAAACCCAGCCCAAGGCAAAGAACGAUGCGUCCCUGCCGCUCACCCCCCAGUCCCAGUCUUCGACCAGUAACCUCCGCCGAACACCUACUCCCAUAAGCACACGAAACGAAUUUCCCGAUAUCGCUAGCCCUCGAACGACUCGCAUGGCCGACACAUUGGGACAGAAACGCCGAAGCCAGGAAUCCCCCGCGCGAGAAACGCCGCCUCGAAAGACUCGAAAGACUCGGAAGCGUCAACGAGAGUCUCACAACGUGUCCGGGACGAAUCUAUGUUCCCUUUGUGGGCACACUGGUAUAAAUUAUCAAUGCCGUCGAUGCUCGCUCCAGCUCUGUCCGGAUUGCGUCUGCAACGCCGCUCUUGCGGACCCCGACCAUCCGUUCGAUCCUAUACCUGACGACCGACUGGCCGGACUGGCCGAACUGGUCGCAGGCGAGCUAGCGCAGCCUACAAAAGAAAACCCAACGACGGGACGUCCUUCUGCACACGAGCUUGCGACAGACGACCCGGCGAAGCCUACCAAAGAAAACACAACGACGGGACGUCCUUCUGGAUCAGGUUUGGGGCCGGAGACGGAUGUGCCAGGUCGCACAUACAGCUGCUACUUCUGCGAGGAGAGCCUGACGGACGUUCGAUACGAAUGCCAAGAGUGUGCCGAUGCACAUUUCUGCGACAACUGCCGUGAUCUGCAUCGUAUGCACAGAAUCGAGGCGAAGACAACAUCUGGUGUUGGUGGGCUAUCCAACGGUCAAGACGAGGGUCGCGGUGUUGACGAAGCGCUAAGCACAUCUAAAGCCAACCUUGGAAGCGGCACCGGCACUGAUUUCGUAGACGGGUCAGUCGACACUCCUGCCGGAUGUGAUGAUGUGGACGAACAAGACCACGAGUUGAGAGAUGACUAUGAAGGUCGUGUCAAUGAGGACCAAGAGGAGCAUAUAAAUUACGACAAUAACGAGCGUGAAGAACAGGACGAUAAGCCUGGAAGUCACAGCGACGAGCCAGAAAGCGACGAGUCCAAGAGCGAUGAGCCAGGAAGCAACGACGACGACGAUGACGACGACGACUUUGGACCUGGGAACGACUCUAGGAAGUUCCAACCGUCAGAAGAUGAUUCAGAAGAUGAUCCAGAAGAUGACCUGGACGAUGACCUGGAUGACGAGCUGGACGACAAGGUUCAUAAGCAUGACGGAAGCGAGACGCUCACACGUCAACCACCCCAGAUGGUCGAGAUGUUGGAGACAUGUCUUGAGGCUUUUAGCGGUGCCGUGGCUCAGUCUAUGGCACAGACGGUGGCGAUGAUGAGAAGCCAGUUCCUGGGCACAAAUCACUCACGUCGGCGAAAGCUCAAUUCGAACACCAGUAGGCCGAGGUCACUUCUAGAUUUCGACACCGGCUCUGCUCCACGCCCUCCUUCACGCCGUCAGUCCAGUUCGGGACGUCGUCAGUGGACUCCUCAUGAUCAAGAACGUCUUGCCAAGCUCGUGGGGAAAGGCACGUCGCUUGAGGAGAUUGCAGCCAAGUUAGAUCGCAGUGUAGGGGCUGUACAGCAGCAGUGGAGGAAGCAGCAGAGUUGA